CGCCGCGCCGCCGCCGGCCCCGCCGCCCCGCCGCGCCGCAUGCAGACUAACAGGGAUGCCAAAGGAAAAAUAUGAUCCUCCAGAUCCUCGCAGAAUUUACACCAUCAUGUCGGCGGAAGAGGUGGCCAACGGGAAGAAGUCGCACUGGGCUGAACUAGAGAUCUCGGGGAGAGUGCGGAGCUUAAGCACGUCGCUGUGGUCGCUGACACACCUGACUGCUCUGCACCUCAAUGACAACAACCUUACUCGCAUUCCACCUGAUAUUGCCAAGCUUCACAAUCUGGUUUACCUGGAUCUGUCAUCCAACAAACUCAGAAGUUUACCAGCAGAACUAGGAAACAUGGUGUCUCUCAGGGAAUUGCUUUUAAAUAACAAUCUGUUACGGGUUUUGCCUUAUGAACUUGGACGGCUCUUCCAGCUGCAAACCCUGGGUUUGAAAGGCAAUCCUUUAUCCCAAGAUAUUCUCAGCCUCUACCAGGAUCCAGACGGAACCCGAAAGCUACUGAACUACAUGCUUGACAAUCUAGCAGUUCACCCAGAGCAGCUGCCUCCAAGGCCAUGGAUUACUUUAAAAGAACGAGACCAAAUUCUGCCCUCAGCUUCAUUUACAGUCAUGUGUUACAAUGUGUUGUGUGAUAAAUACGCCACCCGGCAGCUCUAUGGCUACUGCCCGUCCUGGGCACUCAAUUGGGAGUACAGGAAAAAGGGAAUCAUGGAAGAAAUCGUCAACUGUGAUGCAGACAUCAUCAGUCUUCAGGAAGUGGAAACGGAGCAAUACUUCACCCUUUUCCUGCCAGCCCUGAAAGAACGGGGAUAUGACGGAUUCUUUUCUCCAAAGUCACGUGCCAAAAUCAUGUCGGAGCAGGAGAAAAAGCAUGUGGAUGGCUGCGCCAUAUUCUUCAAAACAGAAAAGUUCACUCUGGUGCAGAAGCACACGGUGGAGUUCAACCAGGUGGCCAUGGCCAACUCGGAGGGCUCAGAAGCCAUGUUGAACAGAGUGAUGACCAAGGACAACAUCGGGGUAGCCGUGGUGCUGGAGGUGCACAAGGAAUUAUUUGGAGCAAGUAUGAAAUCGCUUCACGUGGACAAGCAGCUGCUCAUUGUGGCCAAUGCCCACAUGCACUGGGACCCCGAGUACUCAGAUGUGAAACUCAUCCAAACCAUGAUGUUCGUCUCAGAACUGAAAAACAUCCUGGAGAAAGCCUCGAGCAGGCCCAGUAGCCCAACGGCAGAUCCCAACUCUAUCCCUCUGGUGCUGUGUGCAGAUCUCAACUCACUGCCUGACUCAGGUGUAGUGGAAUACCUGAGCAAUGGCAUCGUAGCUGACAACCACAAGGACUUCAAGGAGCUGCGUUACAACGAGUGUCUGAUGAACUUCAGCGGCAACGGCAAGAACGGAGCCUCGGAGGGCAGGAUCACGCACGGCUUCCAGCUCAAGAGCGCCUAUGAGAACAACCUGAUGCCUUACACCAAUUACACUUUCGACUUCAAAGGUGUGAUUGACUACAUUUUCUACUCCAACACUCACAUGAACGUGCUGGGAGUGCUGGGCCCUUUGGACCCUCAGUGGCUGGUGGACAACAACAUCACGGGGUGCCCGCACCCGCACAUCCCCUCGGACCACUUCUCGCUGCUGACGCAGCUGGAGCUGCAGCCGCCGCUGCUGCCGCUGGUGAACGGCGUGCACCUGCCCUCCCGCAGGUAGUGAGUGCAGCUCCUGCCCGCCCCACGGACCUGUACACUUGUAAAUCCCUCUAGAUAGGAGUGAAGUAUGGCCAACCUUCAGCUGCUUCUUCGAGCUCCUUUCCUUAUGUGUUUGAGAAGAGAUUUUUGCACAUUUUGGUGCACGUCGGUAUCAUUUGGCACUAGGGCUGGAACCAAAGUAUUAUUCCCCAAAGUAUUAUUUCCCCGUUUUUAAUUUAAUUUUUGUUUGUGUUUUGGGUUUUUUUUUUUUUUUUUUUUACUUUAAACUGGCUUUUUCUUUUCAGUAGGAAGCUGCACUUCUAAAUGGAAAAAAGAGAUGUAAAAAACUUGCAUUUAACAUAUUUCAAGGUAAUGCUUUUUUUCCAGAACGUGGCAAAUUGAGCCAACCUUUUAGGAGAAAGAAAAACAAAACUAGAGAUGCUUGUAUUGUAGGAAGAAUGUUAGAAAUACUGUUUGUUCAAAUCCAAAAUGGAGACUCAACUCUGCAUUCAACAUAAAUUUUGCACAUUAUCAAAGCACUUAAUUACCUGACUAUAAACGAUUGGCAGCAUGGCCCUGCCCCUCAUCUCAGUACUAUCAGAAAACCAAAGAUAGUCAAGUAUCUGUGAUCAAAUUCGAGCUCUAAAUCCUCCUGGUUCCAAUUUGUUUGGGAGCUGUUGUCAGUCAGGGCUGAAGUAAAAACCUGCUGGUUCCUUCCCAAAUGUUAAUGCUCUUUGGAUGUGUUGGAAAUCCUUGUUUUCUUUCCUUUUAAUGCUCUGGGUGGCCAGUUCAAAACCUUGUGCCUCAAGAGGCAUUAAACACGAUGCAAUUUUCUGGAGAAAAAAAAAAAAAAAAAAAAAACAAAAACAAAAAAACAAAAAACCCCAAGUUUUUUGGCUGCUUAAUGUUUUAAAAAAAGGCAAGUGAUAGGAAAAGGUCGUGUCUGUGUUUUUAAGUUUUUCUUUAUUCUGCUUUUUUGCUGCUAUAAGAUUUUCUUGAAUUUCUAUUUGAAACUUUUCAUGCACUUUACUGUUUCUAGUCUCCAAAUGUGAUAUUUUUAAUAAAUGAAAAGCAUUUUCCAUGAUGUGAAUGAAAUUUUUAAGCAGAUUGAUAAGCCUAUAUUUAUGUCUCAUUCAUAUACUUCAAAAAAAGUCCAAUUUGAAUUGUGAAAUUAGUUUUAAAUACAAAAGAGCCAUCUUCUGUCUUGCAAAACUGCCAAGUCAGGCUGCUCCUCUUUAAUUAAACAUUUCCUUUGUCAUUUUAUACACAGGAAAUUUUCCAUAGGGGGAAAAAAAUCAAUUUGACUUAGAGGAGAAACUAUUCCCUGACUCUGACUAGGGGCCAGGGAGGGGGUGGAGUGGGCCAGAAGGCAAAAAUGGGUUCAGCAAAGUGACAACUCCCUUGGAAAAGUGCCUAAAAAAUGGGGGUGUCAUCUAUGGCCUGGGAUCAAUUGGAAGCAAUGGGGGAAAG